CACUACUGGGCUUUCGAAUUAUGGCGGGAUUUUCGUAAUCGAAGUAGAGAUUUUCAGUAAUUUUUCGUAAAGCUUUGAGGCUUCCUUCGGCAAUGAGUUGGGCAAAAGAAGAAUGGAAGCAAGAAUUAUCAGCCAAUGCUAUCAAAAAUGUGUACGAGCUUGAGCAAAAAUGUGAAACAUUCCAGAAGGACUGCAAACAAAGGCAGUUUCAGUUGGACAGUUUACAAGCUGCUUUGGCCAAACAGAAGAAGCUAACAGAUGAUGAAAAGGCGAACUCUUCCUCUCUAAAGAAAGAGAAUCAUUCCCUGACUGAAUCUAUUCAAGAGUUAGAGCGAAAUCGAGAAAAGACUCUUCACGAUUUGAAUGCGAAGGAAGCACAGAUUCGUUGCCUUGAUGGUAAACUUGCUCGCUGUCAACAGAUGCUCGAUACGGAAAGUGCCAGUAAACUUCGACUGACAAAUGUUUUGGAUCAUUUGCAGCACGAUCAUAACCAGCUUGUGGAAAAAUAUGAAAAACAGAUGGCGGAUUUGAACAAAUCAAAAGAGGCAAAUAACCAACUGCAGAGACAACUCGCCGGUCAUAAAGAAAGAGUAAGAGCAUUAGAGAGUCAACUGAAAAGACUGGGCGAAGAACCACAUGCAAGAGUGCAGAAAAGCUCAUCUGGAUCAGAAUCUGAGUUGGAAUGGCAUUCUAAUCAGGAAAACAAGAUCAAGGAAAUAGAAGCAAAUCUUCAAAUGGAGAGAGAACAGCGCCAGAAAAUUGAAAAAGAACUACUUGCACUAAAAUUCAUUCCAGUAAAAGUUGACAGUGAGGUAUCUUUGCCUUCUACUUCAGAAAUUAAAGACUCCUCUGUAGAGCAAGAGUUAAAAUCUAAAAUCAUCCAACUAACUUCUGCAACUGAGAAACUAGAAGCAAAGGACUCAGAACUGAAGGAGAAGCUGAGAGAAUUAAGUGAAGUGUCUGAAUGCCUCCACAAAAAGGAAAAUGACAUUAAAGAGAUGAGCACAAAACUGUCAGAGAUCUCCACAAUAAAGUCUCAGCUGGUUGAAGCAAACACUAACAUAGAUGCCUUAGAACAAAAGGCAAAGCAAAGAGAGUUGGAUAUGGAAUGUCAGCGCCACAACUCAGAGGCUGUCAUCAAAGGGUUGAAUGACAAGUUAAAGGAGAAAGAUAAAGAACACAGACAAGAGAUGCACUCACAGUCACAAGCCAUUGCCGCAUUGGAAAAACAGUACUCUGACCAAGAGAAGAAAUCAAGUAAUAUACAAAACAAACUCGAAAACAGUCAGAAACUGAUAGAAACUAAAGAUCACGACAUUGCUCGGCUUAAAGCAAGCAUCAGCGAGUUGGAAAACAAGAUUAAACAGCAGAAUUCUCACCUUGACAAUAGGUACACAGAAUUAGGGCAGAAGGCAAAAGACCAGCUCGAAGAAUGUGUUAAAAUGAAGAAGGAAUUAGAUGAUGCUAAACUGGCUCUUGUGGAAAAAGAGAGCACAAUAGCUGAAUUAAACCAAUGCAUUGAACAGAUGAAACACACUCUUCAAGAGAAGGAGACAGAUUUGCGUUCUAAAGAGAAGGAAAUUCAAGAGUCACGUGGUGAAGAAAACAAGAAACUAACAUCAGCGAUGGAAAAAAUUUCUCUGUUGCAAAAACAGAAGGUGGAUAUAGAAACUGAGAGCCAAAAAGCAUUACAGCAAAUCUCUGUUGAAGUAACUACAAGGUCGAAAGAACUUGAACUUGAAAGACAAGAGGUAGCCAAGCUCAAGGAAAGAGUUAUGUAUUUGGAGAAUGUUGUCGUUGGGAAGGAGAAGGAAAGUCAGACGAGUCAAGAGUCUUAUAAGAUGCUUUGUGACAAGUUGCAAGCGGCAGAGGUGGACAAAGCCAAUAGCAAGAUGGAGUGGAUGAAGGAAAAAGCUGUUUUGGAGGAGAAAGGAAGAUCUUUACACAGUGCCAUGGAAGCAAUGAAGAAUGAUUUCAAGGCAAUGCAACACGACUACAAAAAGGCUUGUGAGCUUGCCGAUAUGAAAUCAGCAGAGGCUACUGAUGUGAUUGAUAAAUUGGAAUCCUCGCAGAAGCAAUGGCGAGAGCUUCAACAAAGACUAAGUCGAACUGAGGCAGCUCUUGGGGAGAAAGAAACCUCUGUAACUUUGAUAAUGCGGGAAAAAGAUGAAUUGCUAAAGGAAAAACAGCACAAAGAAGACGAAGCUGGAAGAAACAAAGAAGAGCUAGAUCACCUACUUACUGAGAAAGAGGUAGAAAUUGAGAGAUUAAACGAAGUGUUAGAAUCCACAAACUUGAAGUUGGAAACAAUCAAAGUUAAUUGCAAAGAGAAAGAAAACGAGAUCGAGAAACUGUCGUUGAAGUUGGGGAGUAUCGAGUCACAGUACAAAAGAGUGGAAGAUUCUUUUCAAAUCUCAGAAGAAAGUUUGUCAAACAGCAAAGAAAUGCUGAGGAAGAAAGAUAUUCUUUUACAAGAAAUAUCGGCUGAGUUGGAAUCAAAAGAGAAAGCCCUAAGUGAUUUGCAACUACGACAUUCAGAAAAAUUAGCAAAACUCAGCGAAUUACAAAAAAAUUACAGUUUCCUUGAAGAACAGAAGGAGGAAGACAGGAAAAUCAUGAAGAGCAAGGACGAAGAAAUUGUUUCACUAUUUAAAGAGAUUGAUCAGAUCAAGGGUAGCACUGAGAAGAAGCUAGAUGAAAUGAAAGAACAGCGUCAUGCAACCAAAAAUGAGAUUGUGUUUUCACAAGAGAAGGCGGCAAACUUGGAGAUGUUGCUUCAAAGUAAAGAGGGAGAUUUGGUUGAGACCAAGCAAGAGUUAACGAAUGCUAAAGAAGAGCUUGUUACUCUCAAGAAGCAUCUUGCAUUGCAAGAGGAAUCAAGCAAAGAAAGUGGAAUAGAAAAUGAAAAGUUGAACAGUGAUUUGAAACAAAUGUCCGCAGUGCUAAAAGCUAAGAAUGUGAAGUUGGAAGAAUUAACUGACAGUCUGAGUAAUCUUAGAUUCGAGCACGAGUCUGUUCUAGAACGAACUAGGCUUGAAUUGGACCAGCAUAAGAAAGAGGAAGAAAGACUGAAAGAACGUCUUGAACAAGCAAAUUCUGCUGCAGAGAGUAAAAAAGAGGAGUUAGAGGCUGUUAAUUCUCAGUUAGAAGCCUCAGAAGCAGAAAAAACAGAAUUAAGCUCCAUGCUCGAUGAACUUUGUAAUACAAACUUCAAGUUAGAGGAUCAACUCGCAGAGAAGACAGUACAGCUUGAGCAUUUAUCGGAAAUUGUGAAAAGCAAAGACGAAGAGCUGUCAAAUCAAAGCAAACUCAUUACAAGUCUUGAGAAAGCUAAAGACGAGGAAAAAGGAAGAAUUAAUGAGAAGUGUUCUACUCUGCAGAACCAGGUUGUGUCAUUACAAGAAAAGAGCAUUCAGUUGGAAGCCUGUCUUCAGACCAAAAACACUGAGAGCGGCAUUGCAACAGAAAAAAUACAACAGCUUACUUCUGAAAUACAUAACCUCCAAAAUGAGGCCAUAUCAAAGGGGGAGGUGAUUUCAGGAAUGGAGAAAGAGAAGGCAGCAUUAGUAGAAACUCUCCAGUUUAAAACAACCGUCCUCGAGAGCAAAGAAAGAGAUUUCAAAGCAGUUUCUGAUAGUCUUGCAGAGUUGAAAGCAAGUGGGCAGUCAACUCUUGAGACUACACUUGCAGAACUGGAAUCCUUGAAGACAGAAGUUGCUUGUUUGACACAGAAAUUAAACCAAAGCACUGCAGUUAUUACAAUGAAAAAUGAAGAGCUUGAGAGCAUACGAAAACAGAUUCAGGUUAUGGGGGAGGAGAAGGAAGAACUGGCUAUCAAGACGCAAGAUUUACAUGACCAGAAUAGAUCUCUUAGAGCAGAGAUCACAGAACUUCAAGACACUGUGCAACAAAUCACUGCAGCUAGGAGCGAUAAAGAUCAAGUAAUCGAGGGUAUUAGAAACCAACUUAAAAUUCUGGAGACAGAAAAGGGAGACCUUGGUACCAAGACACAAGAUCUACAUGACCAUAAUACAGCGCUAAAGGAAAAGAUCACACAACUUCAAAACAGCCUAGAACAAAGUGGUAUAGCUAUUGCAAGGAGGGAUGAAAAACUAGAGAUCAAACUUCAACAGCUUCUUUCCACAGAGGAUGAGAAAACAAAGUUGGGUGUCCAUAAAGACGAAAUGCACAACACUAAUAUGGCAUUAGCAGAAAAGAUUGAUGAGCUUCAAAGCCGUGUUGCACAGAUGUCCGAUAUACUGAAAAGUAAGGAUGAAGAGUUGAUGGCAAAGACCAGUAAACUUGUCGAAUUAGAGACUUCUGGCAACCAACAAAUCUCGGAGUUGGAAGGAAAGUAUUUAGCUCAAGAGGGUAAAAUGAGAACAUUAGAAGAGACUUCUACUCAGUUAAAGGCUUGCGUAGAGAGUAAAAAUGAAGAACUGAGUAGGUCAUUGGCAUUCCAAACAGAAUUAUCCGAUAAACUGCGUUCUUUGGAAGCUUUAAUUGCUGAAAAACAAGAAUCUUUGAAGCAUGCUGAAGAAGAACUGAGAAACGUGAAACAGAAGCUUCAGCAACAGCAAGUUGUUAUCGAAGAUAAAGAGGUGAGGCUCAGGGAGGUGUCUGCGAGUUUGGAACAUGAAAAGUGCAAAGGAGAUCAGACCAUUAAAGGAUUACAAGACCAGCUGGAUGAUUCGCAAAAUGCGCUCGUUAUGGCGAAGGAAAAGUUGGACAAAGUGAAUGUAGUUCUUGAAAUGAAAGACCAAGAUGUCGAAUCAAUGUAUGAACGCCUUGAAGCUGCAGAGCAUGAAAAGAAAACUCUGGAGAGUAGACUGGAUGAACUAAAUACGCAGUUUGAGCUAUUGAAAGGCAAGAAUUCCCAAAUGGCGACCGAUACGGAACAGUUGUCAACCAUACUGAAAAGCAAAGAUGAGCAACUUGCUGAGAAAAGACAAGAGAUACAGAAACUUCUUAAACAAGAUAACACUGAGAGAGUGGCCGAGUUGCAGAAUCAGAGUGCUACGCAAACAGACAUGAUUGCUUCGUUACAAAGCAAAUGCAGCCAGUUGGAGUCUUUUGUGGAAAGUAAACAGACGACACUCGUUGCCUUGGAAGAAAAAUUACACGAACAGAGGGAAAAAAUUGGCCAGCUUCAAGAAACUAUUGGUAGAGCCAGUGAGGAAGCAGCUAAAGAGAGACAGGAAAAUGAUGCAUUGAAGAUCAAGUUGGAACAGACUGUGACAAGUUUUGAAAGCAGAGAAAAAGCGCUGAAAGAAACUCUGGAAGAGCUGGAGGCUGAGAGAAGUAAGCAGCAAUCCAAUUCUGAGACACAUUUCUUAGAAUCGAGAAGUGUUAAGGAAGAUUUAUCGUCAGUAUCAGAAAGGCUGAAGAGAAUGAGUGCAGCCCUUGAAGCUAAAGACUUGGAGAUCAUGUCCAUGAUUCAACAGCUAAAAUCUGCAGAAGAGGAGAAGGCAGGUUUAGCAAAUAGAAUGGAUGAAUUAGAUAGCUUGCGCUUAAACUUGGAGGAAAAGAACACUAGUUUGGAAAACAAACUUGAGCAAUUAUCCAUUGCGCUGAAAACCAGCCAGGAUGCACUAAGAGUGAAAAGCGACCAAAUUGAUGAAUUUCAGGUAUUAAAUGGAAGGGAAAUUGCGGAAGUGAGGGAACAAGAGGCGGCACAGAAAACUAAAUUUUUGCAGCUACAAGAGAGGUGUGGUCAUUUGGAGGCCUGUGUUAAGAGUAAAGAAUCAGAAUUGAAUGACUUACGCUCCAAAGUAGAAGCGUAUGACAACUCAGCUGAAGUAGAAAUUUCAACUCUGAGAGAGCAGUUGGUAACGAGGGAAAGUGAACUGAGAAGUAAAGAGAUUGCAGAACAGGACCUUAUGAGAAAGCUUGCGCGCAAGGAAGACCAGCUUGAAGGUGCAACAAAUAUGGCUCAUGAGAAAAGUGAAAACUUAAAACAACUAGAGGCUCAGAAGGAAAUUUUACAGAUGGAUCUAGAAGAUAAGGACUCCGUUGUCGAGUCUCUGAACAAAAAGAUUGAAAUAUUGGAGGCAUCAGUGGUACAAUCCAAGGGAAGAAUUACUGAAAAAGAACAAUCAAAUGAAAAACUAACCGAAGAACUUUCUAUUGUUACCAAUCAACUUGCUGAGAGCCUGUCAAAUGUGGAAAGUAACGAGAGAAGUAUGAAGCGACUCAAACAAGAUAUCCAAACAUUGGAAACUCAGUUGCUUACUGAAACAAAGAAGAGUUUGACGAUGUCAGAGGAACUAGGGAACGUGCAAACAAACCUUGACAACACGCUGAUAAAGCUUGAAGAACAAUCAGUAGAAUUACAUGAACUAAGGGAGAACAAGGCUACCAAUGAAGACAAAGUUUCCAAACUGCAGAGUCAACUUGAAGAGUUGGUGAAGACUCUUAGCAAAACAGAUAGCGAUAGAAUGGAAGUGGAAGAUCUGUUGAAAGCUGCUGAAAAGAGACUUGAGGUGGACACAGAGCAGAUGGGGAAAGAAAGGGAAUCGGUUGUCCAUGAAUGGAGAAAACUGCUGCGAGAAAAAUCGGAAGAGUGUUCUUCUGCACUUGGACAACUUCAGAAGUCCAAAGAAGAGAUCGACCGAUUGAGAGACACAGUUUUCCAUCUUGAAAAUAUUUCAACUUCAAAGGACCAGGAGAAAAUGAAGAUAGAAAGUUCCUAUGAAGCUUUUAUUGAGAAAACGCAGAAGAGAGAGGAAGAGAUGCUGAGAGCCUGUAGUGACCUUGAAGAUGAGAAAUCAUCAUUACUUGAAAAGACAAGAGAAUGCCAAGCAGCAAUGGAAGGUUUGAAGCAUGAGUGCAAAAUUUAUCAGCAAGAUUGUAAAAAGGCAUGCGAGCUUGCUGAUUCCAAAGCUCAAGAUUACAGAGAAGUGGUAGAUAAACUUGAUGAUUCACAAAAAUUUCUGCAGGAAAUACGCCAGAAACUCUAUCGUGCUGAAAUUGCUCUGAAAGAAUCCGAAGAGGAGAAAAAACAAGCAAAGAAAGAGAGUACCGAUUUAAUGAAGCAGAAUACAAAACUGAAGGAAGACUUUGAUACUAGAAUUGAAGAAUUAAAGGAAGAGAUUAGCGACAAGCAAGAGAGCUUUUCAGAUCUUUCUAGACGACUGGAAAGUAGUGAAGCCAUGGUUAAAGCUUUGGAAACCCAAAAGUACGAGUUGGAAGGCAUGCUAAAGCACUCUAAGGAGCAGUUUUCCUACGUUGAAGAAAGGUUGCAGACCUAUGUUACAGAUAGGGAUGAAAAAGAAGUAAUGGCAAGAAAUGAGGAGGAAAGCGAUAAAUUUGUCAGAAUCCUCCAAGAGCAAGUGCAGUGUUUAGAAGCCAGCAAAUCUGAGCUGAAGUCGGAGUUGGACAACACAAAGAACGAACUGAGCCGACUUCAUGAUGCUUAUAACUCUAUGGAAGCUGAGCGAACAUCAGCAAUGGCCUUGAAAGAUUCGGAGAUUGAACAAAAGAACGAAUUGUUAAGAGAAAAAGAGCAACUCGCGGUAAAUAUGGCUGAGAAAGCGCAAAAAGAAGUUGAAUUCUACGACGACAAAGUUGGAGAGUUGGAAAAUAAUAUCGCUGAACUUUUGUCAGAUAAGCAGGAACUCCUUUCAGCUGUAGACAGAAAAACUGCAGAAGUGGAUCAGUUGGCUGGGAAAAAUGAUGAACUGGAGCAAGCUUGUAGAGAACUGAGACGAGUGAAGGAGAGUGUGGAGGGCAGAGUUGAUAGUCAGAAGGGUCAACUGGUGGAGAUAUCAAGUGAGAAUGCUCGACUUGAGGAGGAAAUGUCUGCCGUUAGAAUGGAGCUUGAAUCAGCAAAGAAACAUUCAGAGGACCAUAGGAGAAAAUGGGAAGAGGAUCAGACUCAGAAGAUCAAAGAGUUGGAAAAAUUACAGAACUUGCUCUCUGCAAGAUGCACUCAAGUGGAAAAACUUCAAAGAAGUCUCAAUGAUCAAACUGAAAUAUUAGCGUCUCUCAAGGAACAAGUCAGAUCACUCACCACAGAACUGGACUCCGUCACAACUGAGCACAAACAAUGCGAGCGGAAAGACAACAGUGCAAGGAAUCUGCAGGAGCAAAAAGUGGAUCUCGGGAGUCCUAGCUACCGCAAACUUGAGGAAAGGCUUGAAAAAGAAAUGAGAGAAAAGGAUGAAUUAGCAAAUACCGUCAAGGAGAUGAGAGGCAUUCUUGAACAAGAGAAGAAAUGUGUCGAGAGGAAGAAGGAGGAACUGGCUGAAAUGAAGACAUUACUGCAGCUUACUGACAAGGAGAAUGAAGAAUCGAGCAAAGACAAGGAAACAAAAUUAGUCGAACUAACAUUUGCCUAUGAAGAUCUUAGGAAGAACCUCGAUAACAUGGAAAAGAAUUUCGAGGAUAAGUGUAAAGAGCUAAGGCAGGUUAAAGAACAGCUUAAGCAAACAGAAGAGGGGAGUGAGGAGAUGAAGGAAGAUUAUGACAGAGAGUUGGACAGAGUAAAGUUUGAGUUGCGUGAUGCCAUCAAUGAUUGCAAUCUGCUGAGAGAGGAAAACAAAGAGCUGCAGCAGAAAACUGCCGCAAGUUCAGAUCAUUUUGCAUGCGUCCGAGAGAAGAAAAAGCUUCUGCAUCAGCUAGAAGAGGCCAAGCUCAGGUCUAAUCAAGCAAAACACGCCCAGGAAAAGAUCCAAAACGAGCUAAUUCAAGCAAACCUUAAAGUUAUUUCUUUUGAAGGUAGAGGAAAUUGGACCAGUUCUGAUGAAACAGAACAAUUCAAAACACAAGUCAGCGAGCUUGACAGUGAAGUUCAAAAGUGGGAGACUAUAGCAGAUGAGAAAAACUCAAGUUGUGGUACUAACACCUGUAAAGAUGAAGAGAUGAACAAUCUCAGAAGUGAAGUAUGUAAACUUCAAGCGGAAGUUAAGGAAUGGAAAACCGUUGCAGACGAGAAGAAAGAAAACGCACAAAAAUCUCUAGCCACCAGCCUGAAACUUGUAAACAAGCUGGAAAUGCUCAGCCGGGACAAGAACGCUGCAUCACCUUGUUCAGACACUGCUGGUGCUGGAGAAAGUUCAGAUGGAUCAAGUUCAUUUAAACCUUCCAGAGUGAAUUUAUUAAAAGCAGAUACUUCUCUCACGCCACUUGCUAAAUCCUUAUCCAACUUGGAUAUCGAGUCCACGACUGCCGUCACGUCACAGGCAGCUCCCGCAGAAGAAACAAUCUCAGAUACCAAGAAAAGAGCAAGAACAGCGGUAGAUAUAAGAAUCGCGAAGAGACCACGUGUAUCAAGCGGCAGUGAAGCAGACCGCCAGACUGCCACCAUAAGGUUAAAUACCCGCAGUGCAGCCAAAAAAUCUGUUCAGCCUUCAUUUAAAAAAGACGGGAAGGAAAAUCCUGAGUCCAUUCACGUUCUCCCAUGGGGACAGUUUGCCCCUCCAGAGAUGCCCCUGUCGCCACGGAAGACGAACACUGUAAAUAUACCACAGGGUUCGAGGUCAAAGAUCCCUAAACCCGGGAGGAGUCAAUUGCCAAGACCAAACAAUCAAAAGAUUCCUGGUGCCUCAACGCAUCAGGCGAGGGGUCGUAGACGGUAGCCUUUGGGAGAAGCGGCAAGUAAAUCUAAGUAAUGGAAUGAUGGAAACUGCCGCAUAGACGCAUUGCCUCGCUUUCGUCUGAUUCCCUAUCGCACCUUUUUGUAUUGCUCAAAGAUGAAUUUGUAAAAAGCUUUUUCUUGCUUGCUUUUGUAUUAUAUUUUCACUUUUCAAUUUUAAUCUUAGUUAUAGAAUGUUCGAGUAUGGAAUGUUCCCCGCUAAUGUUAAUGGCGGUUUAUCUUGCAAUGGAAAUAAACAGCCGCUGUUUA